AACUGCCCUACGUGUCCAGAUUUGGCUCAACUUGUAUCUGCUAUAAGAUCGGGGAAUACUCUCUCUCCCUCUUUCUAGACCUUUCGGCAUUCUCUAAUCUCUGCAACCCUGCGAUUCUAACAGCGAGGUUGAAGGAGGAGGAGGAGAAGGUUGCUUUAUUGUUCCUACUUGGCGAUUUUUUCUACCUGUUGCAAUGGCAGAUGCUUAUGAAACUGAUAAGAAUAUUGAGAUUUGGAAGAUCAAAAAAUUGAUCAAGGCACUGGAAGCUGCGAGAGGCAAUGGAACCAGCAUGAUCUCUCUAAUCAUGCCUCCACGAGAUCAGAUAUCCCGGGCCACAAAGAUGUUGGGUGAUGAAUUUGGAACUGCCUCAAACAUCAAGAGUAGGGUUAACCGUCAAUCAGUUUUGGGUGCCAUUACAUCUGCACAACAGAGGCUGAAGCUUUACAAUAAGGUUCCUCCUAAUGGAUUGGUGCUUUAUACUGGCACUAUUGUAACUGAAGAUGGUAAGGAAAAGAAGGUAACAUUUGAUCUUGAACCUUUCAAGCCAAUAAAUGUUUCCUUGUACCUGUGCGAUAAUAAGUUCCAUACUGAGGCUCUAAAUGAAUUGUUAGAGUCUGAUGAUAAAUUUGGUUUUAUAGUCAUGGAUGGGAAUGGGACUCUUUUUGGUACUUUAAGUGGCAAUUCACGGGAUAUCCUUCACAAAUUCACUGUUGAUCUCCCAAAGAAGCAUGGAAGAGGAGGUCAGUCAGCUCUGCGAUUUGCUCGUCUUCGGAUGGAGAAACGACAUAAUUAUGUAAGAAAGGCAGCAGAGCUAGCCACACAAUUCUUCAUAAAUCCCACCAGCAGCCAACCAAAUGUUGCAGGAUUGAUACUAGCUGGUUCAGCUGACUUGAAAACAGAGUUAAGCCAGUCAGAUAUGUUUGAUCCACGCCUUCAGGCAAAGAUACUAAAUGUGGUUGAUGUUUCAUAUGGGGGAGAGAAUGGUUUUAAUCAGGCCAUUGAGCUAUCCUCAGAGAUUCUGUCCAAUGUGAAGUUUAUACAGGAAAAGCGUUUGCUUGGAAAGUAUUUUGAGGAGAUCAGCCAGGAUACAGGAAAAUAUGUCAUUGGUGUUGAUGAUACCCUUAAGGCUUUAGAAAUGGGUGCUGUUGACACACUUAUUGUGUGGGAAAGCUUGGAUCUUAGUAGGUAUGAGUUGAAGAACACUGUUACAGGGGAGACUCAUAUAAAGCACUUCAAGGAUCAAGAGGUCAACGAGUCUAAAUUCCGGGAUGCAGAUGGUGCUGACCUAGUGGUUCAAGAAAAGAUGUUACUGCUUGAGUGGUUUGCUGAUACAUACAGGCAGUUUGGUUGCACACUUGAGUUCAUUACGAACAAAUCCCAGGAGGGGUCUCAGUUCUGCAGAGGAUUUGGUGGCAUUGGUGGUAUACUUCGUUACCAGCUUGAUUUGGGGGUAUUUGAUGAGUUGUCUGAUGGAGAAAUAUGUGACGAUUCUGAUUAACAAUCAAUGAACCCUUGCUUAAUGCCAGUGCAGACAGAAGGCUGGGAGAACAAAGGGAAAGUCUGCACUGGUUAUGUGAGCAAUGGUGCUCACUGUUACUCUUCUCUUGCAGCACCAGAAGUUUCACAGAAUAUUUAUGAAGGUGCUACCUGCUUGGUGAAUUUGGAGGGAGAAGAGGAAGCUUGGUAUGGUGAUUUCACAAUAUUUGGUGAUGAUCGAAGCAGCCGUAGCUGUUUCAUGAGACAGAAUAGAGCUAUGAAUUGUGGAGCGAUCCUUGUUCAUCAGGUCAUUUGGGUCUGAAUAGGAUCAAGACCUCGUGCUUGUGUUGGAUUGGCAUUUUGGAACCUUUAAGUUCUCCAUGGAUGUUUAGUAGCUACUCCUGCUAUUACUCCUGCUGCUGCAGUUCUGCUGCGGCAUUUCUUAGUCUUAUAGUUCUUAUUGGGGAUCUAUAGUCCUCAAUUUGGUCUUGUUUAAGUUGCCUUUGUUUUGAUUGGAGCUUGACAUCUUAGUAAACUGGUACAUUUGGCUAUUAUCCAUUACAUAGGAAUAUAUUAUAUUAAUAGUCUAAUAUAGAUUGCAAGCAUUGAAUUCUCA